AUGUUACACUUUUCAUUUGUGUUGUCGCUGAAUCGCUUCGUAGCCAUAGUUUUACCGAAAUUCAAUGCAUUUUUCGAAUCAGGAAAGCUGUACUUCUUAUUCCUCUUCGUAUGGUUGACAGCUUUCGCAAUUUCAUCUGCAAAUUUUUAUUACUGCACGAGAAAUUUCGAAGUUUCAACCUUAUAUUGGGUGCAUGAUUGCACAAAACAAUCUGGUGGAAAACUUUUUUUUAAUUUUAUCAAAAUUUGGGCAAUAUUUCUAUCUGUUACAAUGCUUGCAAUGUACUCAGCAAUCAUUCGCAAUAUACGCCAUCGUUUUGCAUCAAUUAAUAACGAAACACAAAGUUGGUGA